CAUCCCAGGCAUGACCAGGUGUGCUGUGCUGCAAAUCGAAGUUGGCCUUGGCUUCUUCAUUGAUUCAACUAGCAAGCAUAUAUGCGCGCCUGUUGCCUAUAAAUUCAUCGCCAACUCGUUCUUCUUCGUCCAUCCUUCCAUCAUCGAUCUCCCAUUACUUUGUCCAUCUCAUCGAACCAUGGCCACCAACCCGCGCUUCGUGGCGUCAUUCGACGUGGAGAGCAGCGACAAGUACACCAGCUUCAUCGCCGGCAUCCGCAGCAGGCUGGCCAACACGAAGCACUACUCCCACAACGUCCCCGUGCUGCCGCCGGCGGACCCGCCCGGCACCCCGCCGCGCCGGUGGUUCCACGUGGUGCUCAGGACGCGGACCAGCACGCUCACGCUCGCCAUCCGGGCCGACAACCUCUACCUGGAGGGCUUCCGGAGCAGCAACGGCGCGUGGUGGGAGCUCACCCCCCGCAUCAUCGCGGGCGCCACCCACCUGGGCUUCGGCGGCACCUACCGCGACCUCCUCGGCGACACGGACAAGCUGGCCGGCGUCGCGCUCGGCCCGCAGCAGAUGGCCGAGGCCGUGAACGCGCUCGCCGGGCGCACCGCGGCCGACGCCGGCUCGGGCGCCAAGCAGCAGCAGGCGAGGGAGGCCGUGGUGGCGCUGCUGCUCAUGGUGAACGAGGCCGCGCGGUUCCAGACCGUCUCGGGGUUCGUGGCCGGCCUGAUGCACCCGAGGGCGGCGAAGAACAAAGGGGCCAUCACCGGGGAGAUGAAGGCGCAGGUAAACGGGUGGCAGGACCUCUCCGCGGCGCUGCUCAAGACGGAUAAAUAUGAAGAAGAGAAGCCUAAUAAACAAGACAAGAAGAAGCCGGAGAAAAAGGGCCCGGAAACGUUCCCGGCGUUUGACAAGAUGGGGGUGAAGACGGCGGACCAGGCCGCCGCCACGCUGGGGAUCCUGCUGUUCGUCGCCGUGGAGGGCGGGAUGGCCAGGGACAAGGCGCUGCAGCUGUUUCGUGGGACUCCAAAUUACUAGUAGCUUGGUGUGUACGUGGAUUGAUUGAUGCUUCAGGCCAGGGACAAGGCGCUGCAGCUGUUUGUGUCUGCGUUUAUUUUUCCCUCUCCAUUUUCGUUUUUUUUUACCUUUUUUCAUAUAAGCUGUACGUUUUUCGUAUAUAGCAGGAGAAUUUAUUAUAAACGUUUAUCAUUUUUGA